UGCGUGUGCCGUUUUAUCCCGAAUUCAUUGCGCCAUGAACUUUUUUUCCCCGAAAAUCAGCCCAAACCGACGAGCGCGGUGAUGUAUUUUGCAGAAUUCGCGCAAAAUUAGCCCAAAACAACGAAAUCGAGCUGGAAAACACCGACUGUUUAUGAAAGCCCCAUCAACACACUCGAGGACAGGACGGGUUUGAUUAAUAUAAAACGUCGUUUUCGUUUUUAAUAAGCUGAAGUAGUUGACGAACUAACACAGUCCGGCCACCGAGUCCGCGUGACGUUUCUCCGAUUAUUUAUUGUUAAACCUUCUAUAAAUUAAAUGUGUGCCAAAUAAAGUGGCUAUCAUAUUGCGGCUCAUAUUCACACAUUUCAAGAGGUGUUGGUGUAAUGUAUGAGCUAUAGAUCUAAACGAGUAAAACGUUAUAGUAUAUAAACCAGCAGCUCCUAUGCCGAGUGCUCUGAGAGAAGAGCUCGGCUGUUAGGAAAGUUGCCAACGACCCAAAGACCAGCUUUACCGACCAGAACCCACCGGUACCGUGGUCAGGUUCAUCAUAUCGAUCAGUGUGUGUAUUCCCCGUGGUUUGUGCGUUAUGGAUCCGAUUGACAUAUUAAGACUGGUCAAACUGGGCUGAUGCUUUAAACGCUGGCGCAUUCUUUUGUUAUCUCUGUUGGCAGUGAAACGUGUAUCCCGUCGGGUUAUUUUCCCUCGUUUUUGCACUGUUCACUUAUAAAGUCAUCAAUUUAGUUCAGGCUGCUAUCGGGCUGAUGCACAGUUUUAUUUAUAUCGCUCCCGCUUAUUCUGUUAUUCACAUUUUCAGGCUUGAUGGUGUUUCAGUCAGAACGCCAUUUUGAAUCUCUUCACUUUAAGGGUUUUCUGUUCACAUCUACUGCAAGCCCCCUUUACAGAACUUUUAAUUAGCCUACUGGAUAUUUGUAAUUAAACUCAAGUUGAUAAAGAAGAUUAUUAACCUUUUUUGUUUAAGUUAGCGCUCAAGUUGGCGAUUGAGCGCUUGACAUUUUAACUCCUGCGCGCUGGCAGUUUUCUCUCAGGAAUAAUACUGAAGCGGCACAUAUUUCAUUCUUGUUUCUAUAAUAACAUUAAUUAAUCAUUUCCGCUAGACAAUUCGUGGGCUCUUGAAGAUUGUUGUUAGGCUUUGUGGCAGAUUUGAACAGAAUGUCAGUAUAUAGUAGGUAUGGAGCACAAAGCACAUCUCACACUCUCUCUGUGAUGACAGUCUCACACGUGUGUGUGUGUGUGUGCACGCAUUUAUUAUGUGAUACUGACUAGUACGUACAUCUCCUCUUUGUGAUGUUGUGUAAGUUGUCUGCAGGUGUCUAGUGCUGAAAACAGCACCUUCCGUCACUCAGUCCAUAUUAAUAAGAUACAUAGCCAUAUAUUGCAAUUCCAAUCAGGCAUCAUGCACUCUAAUUAAAAAAGGUGCAAAAGCUGUCACUGGGGCAGUACUCUUUUAAAAUGUACUAAUAUGUACCAUCUAUGUAAUAUGUACACUUUAGCUAUUAGCAUGCACUUUUAAGGUACUAAAAUGCACAUUUAGAGAUAAAAAGGUAUAUCGGGUAUACCGCCUCAGAGACUGAGAGUGUGGUGUUCUGAAAUAUUUCUAAACAUUAGAAAUUAGUUUGUGGCCACUCAAUGCAAUGCAUUAUUUCCAUGCAUUAAUUUCACAAAUGUAGAGAUCAAGAAAGUUACAUAUGCACAUAAUAUUUUGUUUUUUGUAUUUUUAACUAAAAUUAACUGAUUUUGUUUUUGUUUGUUUUUGUUAAGGCUUCCGGUGAGAUGUGAAAAACAAAAUAGCAGAUUGAUUGUCCUGGACAUUUUCAGCUUCAUUUGAAUUUUUCUGAGUUGCUUCACUCAUAAACCUCCAGUCGAACCACUGGAUGAUAAAAAGAGGAAAAACUCCUUCAGUGAAAAGAAGGAAACCUUGGUAACGGAGAUACUCGAAAGAAGUCAUCAUUGAUCAGAAAAGAGCCGAGCACUUCAAGAGAUGUAGUCUGGUUUGUGUGCAAACACUGCAAAAAGGGGAUUUAUUUAUACCUUCAGUCUGACCUGCCAGUUUGCAGAAUGCAUUACUCUCUACGUACAGAAGUAGAAAUAGAAGGAGCUGGACCCAGAUCAGACUGGUUUUAUAGCAGUGGAAAAUUUCACCAGUCUAGCUGAGCACCAUGAGUUACAGCUGGACCCCAGUAAACUGGAGAUGCUGCUGGCGCUGGUACAGAGCAAUGAAAACGGACACGUCUGCUACCAGGAACUCCUAGAACUGCUGAGCAGUAAACGUUCCAGUAGUUUUCGCCGAGCCAUUGCAAAUGGGCGUCGCACCCUGCAGCGCGAGAUCCUAUUGGAUGAGACGGGGCUGGGCGUGUACAAGCGCUUCGUGCGCUACGUGGCCUAUGAGAUUCUGCCAUGCGAGACGGACCGCCGAUGGUACUUCCAUCAGAGCAGACUCUGUCCUCCUCCUGUGUUCAUGGCCAUCAUUACCAUUGUACAGAUCAUAGUGUUUAUGUGUUACGGUGUGAUGCUCAAUAAAUGGGUGUUGCAAACCUACCAGCCAGAUUUCAUGAAGAGUCCGCUGGUGUAUCAUCCCGGACACCGCGCACAAAUCUGGAGGUUCUUCAGCUAUAUGUUCAUGCAUGUUGGAUUAGAGCAGUUGGGUUUCAACGCUCUUCUCCAGCUGAUGAUUGGAGUUCCUCUGGAGAUGGUUCAUGGGAUCCUGAGGAUCAGUCUGCUGUAUAUGGCAGGAGUCGUCGCUGGUUCACUGACGGUGUCCAUCACGGAUAUGCGCGCUCCGGUGGUGGGCGGGUCCGGCGGGGUCUAUGCACUCUGCUCAGCACAUCUCGCCAACGUUGUCAUGAACUGGGCCGGCAUGAAGUGUCCAUACAAAUUGCUACGGAUGAUUCUUGCACUUGUUUGCAUGAGUUCAGAGGUGGGCCGUGCCGUAUGGCUGCGUUUCUCCCCACCCCUCCCCUCCUCCGGACCGCAGCCCAGUUUCAUGGCUCAUCUGUCGGGCGCAGUGGUGGGCAUCAGCAUGGGGCUGCUGAUCUUGCGGAGCUAUGAGGAAUCUCUGCAUAAACAGUGCUCCUGGUGGGUCCUCAUCUUCUCCUUCAUCACCUUCCUCCUCUUCGCCAUCUUCUGGAACAUUUUCGCUUACGAGCUGCUCGGGGUACAGAUCCCGCCCCCUCCCUGAUGACACGCCCCCCCCUCCGGUGGCCCCAAAAAGCCACGCCCCCCUAUCCGACACAGGUCCGACCUCAAUCUACUCCGCUCGACCAGCAGCGGAGACACGGACAUAAAAACCGGAAGGAAGGAUUUCAGCGGUGUGAAACGAAAAGGCAUACUCACAUUCCAUACAGAAGCAGCGAACACAAACGGCGUGGUAUUUUUAAUGAAUACUCGGAGGCAGCUCAAGGGUCCGGCAAGCUUAUCUGAACGGACCGUCAGUACGUCUUACACUAGAAACAUGCACACACACACACACACACACACGUACAUCAGAUUUGUUGUGUAUUUCAGCCCAAGGCUCGUUCAUGAUGCCUUUCUGUAUUGUUUUGAUUUGACUGCCUCAUCUAAGCCUGUUAUGCAUUACAGAUACCAUCCGUAGUAGAUGAAACGCCAGGAAUCUCGCUGACUAAAAACAAAGCCUUACACUUGAAGACACGGCAAAGUCCUCAGUGAGGUAGGGGGUUGAUGUUGAUGUCAUUUGAUGCUGUUUGUUUUUGGAUCAUUACAGAUUGGAUUGGUGAAACGAGGUAAAACUUGUUUCAAAGGGUAAAAAGUAUGUUUUCUGAAGCUGUUUCAUGCUUGGCUUUGUUCCUCAGCUGUAAACAGUCAGAAACAGAAACAUUCACUCUGUUCCAAAUCAUAGUGGGCUUUCGAUGUGGGCAGCAUGUAAUAGGGUAUAUGUCGAACGUCACCUGACCAAACCCGGAAAACAGGUCUCAUCGCUUCCGCUUGUCGGAGAAUGUAAUGAUAGCAGUAUUAAAUAAUGGCGAUGUCAAUGGACUUUUAAGGUAAUCAGUUAAAUUAGCUAGCUGUUUUUAUUGUUGACGUUUUAUUCGACUUUGAUAUAUAAAUGUUAGUGAAAAGAAUAAAAUUAAAAAAAACUUUUAUAUAUCAAUCCACAUAUGUGACUCAGUCUUAAGUCGCUGGGGUAUAUUUGUAGCAAUAGCCAAAAAUACAUUGUAUGGGUCAAAAUUAUCCAUUUUUCUUUUAUGCCAAAAAUCAUUGGGAUAUUAAGUAAAGAUCAUGUUCCAUGAAGAUAUUUUGUAAAUUUCCUACCGUAAAUAUAUCAAAACUUCAUUUUUGAUUAGUAAUAUGCAUUGCUAAGAACUUCAUUUGUACAACUUUAAAAGCGAUUUUCUCAAUAUUUUGAUUUUUUUGCACCCUCAGAUUCCAGAUUUUCAAAUAGUUGUAUCUCAGCCAAAUAUUGUCCGAUCCUAACAAACCAUACAUCAAUGGAAAGCUUAUUUAUUCAGUUUUCGGAUGGUGUAUAAAUCUCAAUUUAGAAAAAUUGACACUUAAGACUGGUUUUGUGGUCCAGGGUCAUAUAUGUGAUGGACAUUGGUUAUGAUUAUCUUUAGCGUCUACUUUGAAGGCAUCUUGAGUAAAACAGCUUCAUAUUUAACGAGGCAUUUGCAAAACACGUGAACCGGAAGCAACGAGAACUGGUUAGCAGAAUACGGAAGUCUGUUGCACAUAACCCCUAUAGGUGUUGCCUUUUUGCCAAAUAUGAACACAGAAUUUUCAAAAAAGCAAUUCCAGAAUUUAUUGCAACAAGCUCCAGAAAUUAAAAAGUUCACUACCGUUCAAAAGUACGAUUUUUAAAAAAAUGUUUUUGAAAGAAGUCUCUUAUUCUCAUCAAGGCUGCAUUUAUUUGAUAAAAAAAAAAUACAGUAAAAAUCUGAAAUAUUAUUUCAAUUUAAAAAACUGUUUUCUAUUUGAAUAUAUUUUAAUAUGUAAUUUAUUUCUGUAAUGCAAUGCUGAAUUUUCAGCAUCAAAACUCCAUAUGAUCCUCCAGAAAUCACAGGCAGACUGUGAUAAAGGCCUAUAUGCUGAUUUGCUGCUCAAGAAACAUUUCUGUUUAUCCACCUUUUUCUUCAACGCGGAAGUAGGCCUAUGGGUGAGACUUCCGGUUCAUUAGCCGCUAUAGGUAAAUAACGAGGAGAAUAACAACGUGCAGUAAACGGUAAAAUGUUUUGCACUACAAACCAGUGUGUUCAUGAUUAAGAUAAUACAUUAAAAUAAUAUGAUAAGCCACACUAAUUUUCAAUAUCAAGCAGCAAAACGAACUGUUUUGUACAGCUAAAAAUAGCUGGAUGCAGAUGAGACCGGAAGCUAGACCCAUAGAAUUUACAAAUGGCCGCGCCCAUUUUUACAUCAAGAAAAAGGUGGAUUAUCAAUCUUGAAAACAGUUUUUGAUGCCUAAUAUUUGUGGAAACCAUGAGAUUUUUUUUUUUAGAUUGUUUGAUGAAUAGAAAGUAAAAAACUGCAUUUAUUCAACUGUCAUUUUUAAUCAAUUGAAUGCAUCCUUGCUGAAUAAAAUACAUUUUUGACCCCUUUUGAACUACUUAAACUAAUAUUUUUAUGCUUAUUAGAGUAUUGUUUUGUAAGCAUUCUAUUGAAUGCAUUACGUUUUUGUAGAGCGUUUCAAAUCAGGUUCCAUUUCCCCAAUGAUGCGCCUUUAGAAAGGAGCUCACUAGUAAACAAAAAAGGGAGCUCACUUGGUUUGGAACAGACUGAAUAUCUGACCCUUCAUCUUGACCUUUGAAAAUGUUUCCAGUGGACACACAAACACAAGCCACACACUAACGAUUACUUCAGUAUUGCUGCGCAGAUUGCAGUUGUUAUGGUAACUGCCGUAACGUGAUUAAAGAUGCUUUCGACAUAGAAACGAGUGUCACGACCACCAAUACCGAAUGUUUUGCAACUCCAGUCAUGGGAAAUUUUCAUCUGCCUACAUUUUCAGUGAAGGCUGUCUUAAUAUAAUAAUGAUUAUGACUGGAUUUAUUCGAAAAAUACAACUCAAAAUCCUCGAGACAAGACUGCAAAAGAUGAGUAUUUCAUGACCCUUAACUCUAAGACAAAGCAAAUAUUACAAAAUUCAGUAGUGCCAAGUUAUCAUUCGCUAAGCUGCUAAAAGAUAAUUAAAGGAAAUUAAUUGAAUUGCUAAAGGAAAGAUGUGUGUAAGAUUGCUGUUCUGAGUUGAUUUCUUUUCAUUUUCGAAAAGCUGGACCGUGUGUCAGUUUAAUGUUGUGGAUUUUUAUGCCAUAGUCCUACAUUUAUAUUUAUUCAGAGUGGCUGUCGGUGUUGGAUUGUGGCAUGUGUAAAGAUUAUCUUAAACUGAGAGAUGUGAUGAUGAUCAGGAUGAUGAUGCAAAACCUGAAAUGAAAUGCAGUUCCACCCACAGAAACAGAAAGUGCUGGAAGCAAAGCAAGAAAUAUUACCAAAACAAAUGUUUAAUUAAUAAAUUCAGCUGUGCCCAAAGGUCACGCUUAUGUAACAAAACACAUUAAUGCUUUCUAGGGAACAUGUAAGUUAUUUGAAUAUUUUAAAGUCAGCAUGAAAUGGCACUCGCAACCCAUUUUACUGACAUAAUGUGACAUAUUUUGCAGGUCAAAAAAGGAUAUUUGAGGAGAAUUGGCAAAAAACAAAGGCUUGGUAAAUACAUUUCAGUAGUAAUAAAGUAAAUAAUGUCAGUUUUGGUUUCAGGUUGACUUUAAAUGUUCUAAUCCAGCAUCCAAAAAAGUGGAAUUUAUACAGUUCCUGUAAUAUCUAGCUGGCUGGCACUUUUAGACAGGUGAAAAGUGAAACUCAUUCACUCAGACACGUGUAUAAACAGAGAGAAAUGUUAUGUGAUGUGUGAUGGAAGAAAACGAGGUGAGAAAGAUGGGACAAAGAGCUGAUAAAAUUAAGGAAAAUGGAGAGAGAGCAGUGAAUGAUGGAUGCAUUAUUUUUUUUGAACACUCAUCAAAUGGAUGCUGGAAGUGUGUGUGUGUGUGAGAAACAUGCUUUAAUGUGUUGUAUGACCAUUGUUGGUUUUCAGACUGUUAUAAGCACACAUACUGUAGUCUGUGUGUGUAUUUUAGCGGCACGUGAGUGUGGGAAACACUGAACCUCGGUCUAAAACAGUUGGGUUGUGUUUGGAGUGGAAUACUAGCAUACUGCAAACUUUGCUGUUUAUACUGCAUACUGCCUUAUAUUUUUUUAAAUAUAAUGUGAAACAGUAUGCAUUUUGCAAUUCUAAAUGUAUAUACAGUAGUAUACAAAAUGAUCAUGUGACAUCGCUGAUUAAUUCAGCCAAUGGCAUAUAUUUGUCAUGUUUGAAAUACUUUUUAAUCCAAUUUUGAGGGAAAAUAAUAAUAUGAAGUAAAAUGAAAUCUUGUAGCAUUCAAAUAAUAAGACGAACUAAAUGUUAAAAGUUGAUCAUGUGGUUAAUUUAUUUCCAGAACUGUUAUUUUAGUAUUAUAUAUUAUUAUAUACUAAUAGUAUUUAUUAAUAUUUUGAAAUAGCUUUUAUUUUUAUAUUUUCAUUUUUAAGUUAUUUAUAGCUUUUGACAAUUUUAAUUGCUUUUUGAUAUUUCUGUUUUUAUCUUCAAUCAUCUUAGUACUUCAACUUGAGUUAUUUUAUGUACCUUUCUCUUUUUUUCAUAUUUAUUUUUAUUUUAGUUUUGUCAUUGCCAUUUUAAUACUUCAACUUAUUUUAUUUGUUAGUCCCCAAAACAACAUUUUUAAUAAACCUUAAAGUUUCUUUUUUGUUAUCAUUUUUAAGUUUGUCUUUUUUAUAUAAAUAUUUUUAUAUAUUUAUUAAUUCAGUUUUAUUUCAUUUGUUUUAGCAGUUUAAUUGAGUUGCCAAGGCAAUUUUAAGUUUUUCAUCUAAUAAAAAAAAAAAUUUAUAUAAACUUUAUUUCAAUUUACAAAAACAACUCUGUUUCAGAAUGCAAGGUCGAGCGCAUUGCAUUGUGGGAUACGUUUUUUUACAUUGUGUUUUCUGUUGUAUGCUGCACAUUUUGGCAAAUGUUACCGAUAAAUCAUCCACGUAUGCCGUUUAUACUAAACAUUUGCAUACAUGUGCCAGUAUGCAUACUGCAAAACUAGUAUGCCACUCCAAACAUACCCUGGGUGAACAAGUGUACUCAGUCAAUCUACUUAAAACUGGGAACAAACCCAUUUACCAAGGACCUCCCCCUUAAUCCCGCCCACAUUACGUCCCAGCCAAUAGCUGCUCUCGAAUCUCAUGCUUAACAUCAGUAGCUGGCCAAUCAGCACAGAUCGCAGUGUCGUGCAUUUAUUUUCUCCAUGAUGUUGUAGGUGUAGGUCGCAAGAGUGUUGCUUUGAGCUCAUCACUGCGUUCCAGUGAGAUCCUCUGUGUCGCCGCCACAACUGUAGUCCUACUGAGAAUCGUAGUCCAUUUACAGAUUUCAAAAUGGUGCCAAAAGACGAGAGAUGACUACUCGUUGCAGUAAAAGUUUCCGUUUACAAAAAAGAAGCUAAAACUGAAAAUAUAAUAUAAUGCUAAUAGUUUUCUCUUGAUCAGAUGAUGAUAAAAAAGAUGUAAAUAUAGAUAGUUUCUAUCAAAUUCUUUAUCAUUUCAUGAUGUAUUGUACUUCUGAAAUAUUGGGACCUGAGGCAAUUUUGUUUUUGUAGUUUUAUUUUGUAUGGUUUUGUGUUUGCUUUCAUUUCUCAGCUGUAUGAAAUAAAGACCAUACUGUGAGGAGCUGUGUGUGUGUGUCAGUGCCCACAGUAACAAUUUCCACUGAUGGGGUACAAAGUAUGAAGGAGGUGCUUAACCUUCCAUCUAAUUAUCAGGAG